AUGCCGCUGCCCGCGGCGGGCGCUGCCCCGGUUGUUGAUCGCAGCUGCCGGAAGCCGACGUGGCGGCGGCGCGGCGCGGCCUCGGCGGAGCCGCCGGCCGGCAUGAGGGGCUGCGGGCUGCGGCCGCCCUGCCCGGCCCCGCGGAGGGGCUGCGGGCUGCGGCCGCCCUGCCCGGCCCCGGCGCUGCUCUGCGGGCUCCUGGCGGCCGUGGCGGCGGUGGCCGAGGGCGGCCGAGCGCUCCCGCAGCUCAGCGACGACAUCCCGUUCAGGGUGAACUGGCCCGGCACCGAGCUCAGCCUGCCGACCACUGGUGUCUUGUACAAGGAGGACAAUUACAUCAUCAUGACCACUGUGGAUAAAGAGAAGUACAAGUGUCUCCUGCCAUUGAUAGCCAGUGGCAACGAGGAAGAAGAAAAGGACUAUAAGGGUCCUACUCCAGGGGAACUGCUGGAGCCUCUCUUUAAGCAAAGCAGCUGUUCCUAUAGAAUUGAAUCUUACUGGACUUACGAGGUCUGCCAUGGGAAACAUAUCCGUCAGUACCAUGAGGAGAAGGAAACAGGGCAGAAAAUAAACAUCCAAGAAUACUACCUGGGGAAUAUGAUAAUGAAGAACCCGUUGUCAGAACCAGAUCAAGAAGAGAAGGAAAAUUCCAAAGACGGUGCAAAAGAGAUCCCCACAAAGAACAUUGAAGGGCAGAUGACACCCUACUACCCCGUGGAGCUGGGCAAUGGCACUCCCUGCAGCCUGAGGCAGAACCUGCCCAGGUCCAGCACUGUGAUGUACAUCUGCCACCCUGAGGCCAAGCACGAGAUCCUCUCCGUGGCAGAAGUCACCACCUGCGAGUAUGAGGUGGUGAUCCUGACCCCGCUGCUGUGCAACCACCCCAAAUACAGGUUCAGGGCUUCCCCUGUGAAUGACAUCUUCUGCCAGUCCCUGCCAGGAUCCCCACUGAAACCCCACAACCUGGAACAGCUGGAGAAACAGCAGGAAAUGCUCAAGAUGCCUUUCAGGAGGGUUAAGGAGGAAGAAAUGCCUUCAACGAAAGAAGAGAAAUUCUCUUCCAUCCACAAGCCUGUGGCUGUUGGGAGUCACCAGCUGUUAACAGUGGGGACAACCCACAUCUCCAAACUGACCGAUGAGCAGCUCAUCAAGGAAUUCCUCAGUGGCUCCUACUGCUUCCAUGGGGGUGUUGGCUGGUGGAAAUACGAAUUCUGCUAUGGAAAAUACGUCCACCAGUACCACGAGGAUAAGGAGACUGGCAAGACCUCGGUGGUGGUGGGGACGUGGAGCAAGGAGGAGCACAUCGAGUGGUCGAGGAAAAACGCAGCCAGGACCUUUUACCUGCGAGAGGAUGGCACCCAGACAGUCAGGAUGGUGUCUCAUUUCUAUGGAAAUGGAGAUGUUUGUGACUUGACAGACAAGCCAAGGCAGGUGACUGUGAAAUUGAAAUGUAAAGAAUCAGACUCCCCUCACGCUGUCACCAUUUACAUGUUGGAGCCUCAUUCUUGCCAAUACAUCCUUGGGGUGGAGUCUCCAGUCAUCUGUAAAAUCCUGGAUACAGCAGAUGAAUACGGGCUCCUCUCAGUGCCCAGCUGAGGACAGCAAAGCCCCCGAGGCCAAAUUCCUGGCAUUCCCAUGGGAACAGUGUCUGUGAGCUGACAAAGGCCUCACCAGCACAGCUCUCCAAGCUGAGGGACUCGUGAACCACUUUGUGUAUAACUAUGUGUAUAUAAGAGCUUAUUGAUAAACUUUUAAUGAUUAAAACCUUGUCUUGCA